AUGAAAUUCGAUAAAGUCUUGAAUGUCAUAUGGAAGACGGCAACAACCACCAUGUUUGGUUUUACGCUGGUUUGCUUUGGAUUAGUGGGAUGGGAAACUAAAAAGUUUUUCCAAAAUUUCUCAUCAUGGUCCGAAAGAAGAAAACUCAAAGAGCAAAUUGCAAAGGAAAUUAUGUCUGAAUUAAAUGAACAAGAAGAACAAGACAAAGAUGUGGAGAGAAUUUUAGGAAUUUCAGCACCUGAACAAGAUAAGUCUGUUGUGGAAACUGUUAAAUCAGAUGCCACUACUUUUGAUAAAUAA